AUGGCGGCAGAUACUGGAGAUUCGGGCGCCCCUGACACAGAGAAUCUCUCUGUGUCGGAGGUGGAGGAGUUGUACAAUGCGGCCCUGGCCGACGUGCAAGCCUCUGCAUCCUUGACCGCAGAACAGCGGAAGCAGCGGGGUCAACGACUGGCCGCGCUGUCCAAGGCGCUGCGUGCUGCCAAGCGCAAGCCGCCGGAGAAGACGAAGAGGCCCGAGUGGCAAAGCUACCCGGAGCCAACUGCGCUUCCAAAAUGCUCCGACGACCCAAGGUACGUCCGGAGCUUCAGCAUUGACGACGCACAGAGGGCCAAAGAGUUCUUCGAGCGUUAUGGCUUCGUGGUGUUCAACGAUGUCCUCGAGCCAGGGGAGUGUGAAGCCACGGUGUCUGAAAUCUGGACAUCACUCGAAGAGCGCACCCCAGGCCUUCGGCGCGACGGGCCGGAGACGUGGUCCCUGCUCUCUUCGGAGCGUUACGGGCUUCCCGAAGAGCAGGCAGUUUUUACUCCCCAGAUGGUGGCCAAUCGGCAAAAUCCUCGAGUCUAUGCCGCGCUCGACGCUGUGCUGCCUCGCAUCGGACACCUGGAGGACUUCGACAGUCCGCAUCCCGAGCCCGACAGCGUGGUGGUAACGCAAGACAGGUGGUGCAUCUAUCGCCCUGCCGCUGACGAUGAGACUUGGAGAACGGCUGAAAACCUUCACCUGGAUGUCAAUCCUUGGACUUAUGCUGGUCUGAAAGCAACCGAGAUUGAAAGCCUCAGGUAUGGCUCCGAAGAUUUCAGCGAUCAUCGGUUCCCCUUGCAGGACUUCCGAGCAGAGCUCACGGCUGUGCAGGGCCGUGGGUGCCCCACCGGAGAGCACGUGCAAGGCGUCCUCAACCUCCUUGACAACCUCGAAGAGGAUGGUGGAACCCGAGUUGUGCCGGGCUUCCAUCGAAGCUUCAUGCCAUGGCUGGAGAGUCUAGGAGCUAUGGAGGACAACUUGUCGCAGUGCGGGCAGCAUGACAACUGGGUUCUCCGGCGUGCAGCGGGCGGCGGAAGCUUCAAGUUCUCCAAUCUGGACCCACUCCAUGGCCUGUCCAGGCGGAUACCUCUGCGCGCAGGCAGCUUCCUUUUGUGGAACCAGCUCGUCGUGCACGGCAGUUGCGCCAACCGAUCGCACAACUUCAGAAUGGCGCAAUUCAUCACCGGAUUCCGGGCAGGUGAGAUGACCCCGGGGCGCGCAUGGGCGCGAGCGGCUGCUGUGCAGCGGCUGUGCUCGGGUUUGCCGCUGUCUCCCCUGGCCCCGCAUGUCUUCGGCAUCUCUGAGCAAAGCUGCGAGGCACCCAGGCCUCAGCCUGUGACUCGUGGGACUUCUCGCGAGCGGAUGGCCUGCGACCACGUGCUUGGCACUGUGCCUCAGGGCGAUGCAGAGGGCUUACUGAAGGCCUUCGAGGAUUUUCACCUGCACUGCCGGCCUUUGAUCCACGUGGGCGGGCAAAAAGGGGAACACCUCGAUGCUGCGGUUCGCGAGCGGAAGCCCAAACGUGCCCUGGAGCUGGGGACCUAUCUGGGCUACUCGGCCGUCCGCAUAGCUCGCUGCUUGCCGGAUGGGGCCACCCUUUAUACAGUGGAGGAGGACGCGCAGAACGCUACUCUUGCGGAAGCAUCAAUUGCGCACGCUGGCCUGUCUGCCAAGAUAGUCGUUCUGCUGGGUACGGUAGAAACGCUGAAGCCAAAGUUGCUGGAGCUGGCACCUUUCGACUUCGUCUUCCUGGAUCAUCAAAAAGCUCUCUAUCUCGAGGAGAUCCAGCGCCUGGAGGCUUGGAGGCUUGUGCGACACGGGACCACAGUGGUGGCAGACAACAUCGGAGGAUGCAAUCGGGCAGACUGCCGUCGUGUGACAUGCGGCUGCGCCUACGCCAGAUACGUCCGAUCAUCGGGCAGCUACUGCUCUCGCUUCUUCUGGGGCUCGCGGGAUGGCAUAGAGGUCUCCUCCGCCAUCAAGCCGGAGAUCCCGGAUCACUGUGUGGCGCCUUGCCUGAGACGGCUUUCGACCUGA